GGGUAGCUUUCGUUAGGCAUUGUGCCUCAUUUUUCGAUGUGAGAGGAUGAAUGAUAGUACUCCCCCAGUCAUCAUGUUAAGUUGAUAUUGAGGGUGGCAAGACUCGAGCUUUGAGCUCAUAUGAUCACGUGACCUAUCUCAUAUCUUUCGAUUUCCCCUCUCCAUUCAGGUACCAAUCCAUGAUGUCUAAGAUGCAAGAUAGACUUUGCAAGCUGCACUGUCGUUAUGGUAGUCUCAGGGUCCCAAAAGCUAGGCAGAUCGGUAUAAUUGCCAAGGAUUUGAAAGAGCAAUGCGGUCUACCAAGCUACGAUUAAUGAACCUCGGCUGUGAUAGUCGGUCUAUCUACGUCCAGACCCAUCAGAGGAACAGCAGUAAAUUUACAUUUCUCAGAACUCAACAUUCCAAAAUGUCUACCUCCACCUCCAGCAGUGCGGCCUUGCCAUCACCUCCCUUCAUCCAGGUAGAAGGUCUGCCUAAUCUGCGCGAUCUGGGCGGGUAUCCCGUACCUGGCUCCAAGAACUCCAUCCGUCGCGGGGUAAUUUAUCGCGCUGGUGCUCCCAGCAGCAAGAUCGACGAGGAUGGAUGGACAACGAUUAAGUCGCUGGGAAUCACCCAUGUCUAUGACUUACGGUCGAAUCCUGAAAUUGAGAAGGCUGAGGCAGCUGGUAGGGGUGGUGUAGUAGAGUUUGAGGGCAGUAAGAGGGUGUUUGCGCCGGUAUUUACGGAUGUUGAUUACAGCCCGCAGAACCUCAUGGUGCGGUUCAAGAAUUACCAGAGCGGUAGCCCCGAGGGGUUCACGGCGGCAUAUGAGGAUAUUCUCAAAAAUGCCCCGCAGUCAUACACGCAAAUUCUACGCCACAUCGCACAGUGGCCGACGUCGCCGCUGCUCCUCCACUGCACAGCUGGGAAAGACAGGACUGGUGUCCUCUGCGCGUUGAUUCUCUCCCUCUGCGGUGUGGACGACGAGACCGUUGCGCGUGAGUACUCCUUGACGGAAGUCGGGCUGGCUCAUUGGAGAGAAGAGGUCGUCGCCGGCCUCAUGGCGUCGCACACAAUACCUUCUGAUAGGACCGGCGCGUUGAAUAUGCUCAGUGCGAGGGCUGAGAAUAUGAUGGCAACGCUGGCGAUGAUCCGGGAGAGGUAUGGCGGGGCUGAAGGGUAUAUCCGCGAGCACUGCGAAUUGAGCGACGACGAGAUCGGGCAGAUCAAGUCGAGCUUGGUGGUGACGGAAGCUCCUGUCCACCAACUGUGAGGGCUGGAGUAUGAGCGUUGGUGGUGGAGGUAGAUUAACGCGAGGACAUGGAUAUAUCAAAGAGCACAUGUUGUAGAUAAAGCACAACCGUGUGAACAAAUAGCAAGGCACAGCCAGUGCAGCCUUCUUGCUCCAUAAAUAGAGAAAUAGAUCAUAUGAAGAUAAAUCACCA